AUGGAGAUGCCAACUUCAGACUCGGCCUCGCUUCGAGUCGCGUUUGAAGGAUGUGGCCACGGAUGUCUUCAUGAUAUCUAUGCGUCAGUCGAUAAGGCUGCCUCCCUAAAAGGGUGGGAUGGUGUCGAUUUAUUGAUCAUUGGCGGCGAUUUCCAGGCUGUCAGAAAUGCCAAUGAUCUGGCCUGCAUGUCAGUGCCGAUGAAGUACAGAGAGUUGGGUGACUUUCAUGAAUACUACAGUGGGCAGCGUGUUGCUCCAUACCUGACCAUUUUUGUGGGAGGGAACCACGAGGCGAGCAAUCACCUGUUUGAGCUGUAUUACGGCGGGUGGGUAGCCCCCAAUAUCUACUACCUCGGUGCAGCCAACGUUAUCCGGUGUGGGCCCCUUCGCAUCGCCGGCAUGUCUGGUAUCUGGAAGGGAUACGACUACCGGAGACCCCAUUUUGAACGACUGCCGUACAACAGCGAUGACGUUCAAAGCAUCUACCACGUGAGGGAACUCGAUGUUCGCAAGUUGCUGCAAAUCCGCACACAAGUAGAUCUGGGAUUAUCCCACGACUGGCCUAAGACGGUCGAGCGUAGCGGAGACUUUGAAACCUUAUUCAAUAAAAAGAAUGGGUUCCGCGAGGAUUCUCAAAACGGUCGACUUGGUAGUAUGGCUGCCAAGCAUGUUCUUGAUCGGCUGCGCCCAGCCUAUUGGUUUUCGGCCCACUUACACGUGAAGUUCGCGGCCCGAGUGCAGCACGCUCAAUAUGUUGUUCCAGAGCAUCCAGCGGCCAAGAGACAGGCUGCUGCCGGUGCAACUGAUGCUGGUCAGCGUUCAAGCGCUCCAUUUGCGCUGGAUGGUGCGGUAUUCACUUCGUUGGUCCUCGGUGAAGAGAACCAGAACCCAUUGAAUGAACCUGUGGCCUCCGCUUCUACUGCCAACUCUGCUAAGCAGAGUCAGAGCAACACUGUAAGCACCGGAGAUUCUCAGCUGCAGUCGGAGAGUGGACAACCUGCUCAUCAGCCAUCCAAAACCGACGUAUCGGCCGGAGAAGCAGCUAGCACCAUGGAGACUAAAUUGUCAGCGUGGAACAACUUCCACGUCGUUGCUGCCCGGAAUGAAGCGGCUGAGAACGAGCUUUAUUUGUCGGGCAAGGCACAGAAUCCUGGGCCGAACCCCUAUGAACUUAAGCACAACCUGACCUGGAAAAGGGUGGAGACCGAUAUGGACGGCGUAAAUCGGAAAAUUGCAAGCGUCGAGAGGGAUGUCAGUCCCGAACAGCAGAAUCCCAAGAAACAGAAGGUUGAUCAUGGCUCGGAUGUUGUGAAGAAUAGUGAUGAGAUCGACUUGGAUCUAGACAGCGAGUCCGACGAAGCCUCAAGUAAGGCACAGCCUGAAACGGUAGUUUCAGGAAAUAGUGGCUCUCCCGCAAUGACGUCCACUCCGACUCAGUUGGAACGAAACAAUAUCACGCCUCAAGCAGAACCAGCCAAAGCGGCUGAUGUCUCACAGGAUGUCCGGAACCAGCUGCCUGCCAGUUUUUCACGCCCCCAGCCUGAUCCCUAUCCGGUCAAUGGCCCUUUGCCGGAAGCCAUUGCAAACAACGUGACCAAUUUUCUUGCGUUGGACAAAUGUCUUCCAAACCGCGAGUUUCUCCAGCUCUUGGAGAUAAACCCUAUCUCUGACCCGGAUGGAGCGAAGGUCGAACGCCCAUAUCGCUUGGAAUACGACAAAGAAUGGCUCGCAAUUACACGUGCGUUCGCCAACGACCUCCACCUUGGGGAUCCCAACGCCAGACCCUCUGCGGAUAAGGGCGACGUCGUGUACCUUCCCCAGAUCCUCGAAGAAGAGAAGUGGGUCGAGGAGAAUGUCGUGAAGCCUGGAAAGCUUGUCGUCCCUGAGAACUUCACUCAAACUGCGCCCAUCUACGAUCCCAGUGUACCUCUGACAACUGAGGAGAUGCCGAUCGAGUACACCAAUCCUCAGACCGCGGAGUUCUGCGAUUUGAUCGGCAUCGAAAACAAAUUCGACAUGAGCGACGCGGAACGCCAAGCUAGAAUGGCCAGAGGGCCCCGUCCUAGUAGUAACAGAGGUGGUAUGGGCCGUGGUCCUCGUCGAGGAGGCUUUGGCUUUGGACGGGGUCGCGGACGUGGAGGUCGCGGACGCGGCAACCGUUACUGAUUCUACAAUUCUCCAUGUUGCACUUCGCUGAUCAAAGGCUGGCUCCAUCUGUGACACGGUUGCUCUUCAGCUGAGGUGCGGUAUUGCUCACAGCGAAAAGAACGCACAGCGGAUGAGGAAGUGCUGGGCACUUGCCUCUUCUCAUAUUUCUCUCAUCGAAUCGGCUAUUCCACGAUGCUAUCUAUCGAAUUUGUCUUUAUUUCAUUUCUCACUGCAAACUACACUUCUAAUCUUUUCUAUCUGACACUCUAAUCGAAAUGGAGACCAACUCUACC